AUGAAGUUCAUUUGUGAUUCUCUUUUUUUAUUUGGCAGUCUGCUUUUAGCUAUAACUGCUGUGAAUGGUCAAUAUGACAUUCCAGAUUUACCUACUCCAUAUGUCCCUCCUCCUCGAGAUUAUAUCGAUGACUUUAAACUACUCCAUGACGAACUUGAUAAACCUAUGAAUGGCAUUGUACGAACUUAUUACAUUGCUGCAGAUGAGGUUGUUUGGGAUUAUGCCCAAGAAAGCAAAACAAAUGAACUUCCUAAAGACCCUUCCUUGAGCAUAUGGACAACAGCCUCAUCUACUACUCUGGGCUCAAAGUAUUACAAGGCUCUCUACCGUGAAUACUCGGACGAAACAUUUAGUACACUUGUAGAACGUCCACACUGGCAAGGUGCAAUGGGCCCAAUACUACGUGCUGAAGUAGGUGAUACAAUCGUUAUCCACUUCUGGAACAGAGCGAGCUAUAACUUUACCCUUCAUCCACACAUAUAUCAGGGAGUUCUGUAUGAGUUUGAGAUGGAAGGUGCUGUCUACAAAGGAGCCACCGAAGAGUCUUCAAUCGCACCAGGACAUAAUUACACCUAUUCCUGGAAGGCGUUGCCAAGGGCAGGGCCUGGCCCAAAUGAUGGGAAUUCACUUGUAUGGGGUUAUCACUCGCAUCAGUUCAAAUCCAAUAACCCUCAUUAUAUUAGUUAUGCUGGACUAUUUGGUGCUAUUGUAAUUUAUCGACCGGGAAAACUUACUAAAGAAGCCGUAUCAGAAGAAGUUGUAACAGCCCUAUUUGGCUCUGAUGAGAAUCUGUCACCUUACUUGACACGCACCAUAAAAGAGCUAGGCCCUCAACUAGAUAUUUCUGGGAUCCAGAAGGACAGAACAACCAGGCACGCUUUUUAUCGAUCUAAUGUUAAGCAGUCUAUCAAUGGUAUUAUGUACAGCAGCCCUUCAGACCUUGUUGUGUCCAGAUCCAGUCUUACCCAAUGGCACCUUCUUGGUUGGGGUUCUUUUCUUGACAUGCACGAUGUCAGUUGGGAUAACGCUAGUGUACUUAUGUAUGGACAAAAGGUUGAAAAUGUUAAGCUUUUUCCAGCUAGUUUCAGGACAGUUCAAGUCCAAGCAACUGACAAACGAGGAAGCUUUGGGCUUCUUAAAGGAAAAUUGGCUGGACAUGGGAUGAUAAUGGAAUUUGAUACAAAAUAA